UAAUUUCUGAUGUCCCUAAAUUUAAGGCAUAAAUUGCAAUGAAGCAGAUCAUUUGUGGCUGGAAGUGCAAUCAUUAGUAGAAAAAUCUCAAAACUUCAUAAACUUCCAUUUUUAUUCAAAAACAAAAGACCCUUUCAUUUUCAGCCUAAGUAAGUGCUAUCAAAAUCCAAUCUUAGAUAAACUCUCUUUGAAUCCAAGCUUCAACCUCUUCUGGGUUGUCUUCAGAAUUCAAUCUAGUACUCUGUCACUCUCACUGUCACCCUCCUUCACAUUUUUCUUCUUCUUCUUCUUCUUCUAUCCAGUGGCAUUUCUCAAGUCUAGGAUUUAAAGCACAUGUUUCACCUUCCAUUUCUUCAUUGAGACAUGAAGGAAGAAGGAACAACAGAGUGCAGAAAGCUUUGGGAGAAGAUGGAGUCAUGCACUUCAUUGUUGUUUCUGGGCUUGGUUUCCAUGCUCUCUUUUGUGGCUUCUAAUAAGGUGGUCUCAAAUGAAGUUGCGGCGCUGACAACAUUCAAAGAAGCUGUGUAUGAAGAUCCACAUCUGGUUUUGUCCAAUUGGAAUACUCUGGAUUCAGAUCCUUGUGACUGGAAUGGCGUUUCAUGCACGGCGACUCGAGAUCAUGUCAUCAAGCUAAAUAUAUCAGGGGCAUUAUUAAGGGGGUUUCUUACUCCAGAAUUCGGGAAAAUCACCUACUUGCAAGAAUUGAUCUUGCAUGGAAAUAAUCUCAUUGGAAUAAUACCUAAAGAAUUGGGAAUGUUGACAUCUCUUAAGGUGUUGGAUUUGGGAAAGAAUCAGUUAUCAGGACCAAUUCCUCCAGAGCUUGGAAACUUGACCCAACUUGUAAAAAUAAACUUGCAGUCCAACGGGUUGACUGGUAGGCUACCUCCAGCGCUAGGAAAUUUGAAAUACCUUCAAGAACUUCGGCUAGAUAGGAAUAAACUUCAAGGACCUGUUCCUGCUGGUGGCAGUUCAAACUUUGCCUCAAACAUGCAUGGAAUGUAUGCCUCAAAUGCAAAUUUUACUGGCUUCUGUCGUUCUUCUCAGCUAAAAGUUGCAGAUUUUUCAUAUAACUUUUUUGUUGGUAGCAUACCCAAAUGUUUGGAGUAUCUUCCAAGAUCAAGCUUUCAUGGGAAUUGUCUCCAUCUCAAAGACAUAAAACAGCGGACUUCUGUACAAUGCGCUGGUGCUUCACCAGCAGAGAGCCAUCCGGUAGUGAAACCAAAGCACCAUCAUGUUGCUGAACAUGUAUCCAAGCAUCAAGGAACAUCAAAACCUGCUUGGCUUUUGGCUCUAGAAAUAGCGACGGGAACCAUGGUUGGUUCUCUCUUUCUGAUUGCUAUUGUCACUGCUUUCCAGAGGUGUAACAAAAAAUCAUCUAUCAUCAUUCCUUGGAAGAAAUCUUCAAGCGACAAAGAGAACAUGGCAAUAUAUAUAGACUCAGAGAUGUUGAAGGAUGUGAUGAGGUAUAGCAGACAGGAGCUGGAAGUGGCUUGUGAGGACUUCAGCAACAUAAUUGGGUCCUCACCAGAUAGUGUGGUCUACAAGGGUACAAUGAAAGGUGGGCCUGAAAUUGCUGUAAUUUCACUCUGCAUCAAGGAAGAGAAUUGGACAGGACACCAUGAGCUCUAUUUUCAGAGAGAGGUGGUAGAUUUGGCAAGGUUAAAUCAUGAUAAUACAGGGAAGCUACUAGGCUAUUGUAGAGAGAGCACUCCAUUUACAAGGAUGUUGGUUUUUGACUAUGCAUCAAAUGGGACACUUUAUGAGCACCUACAUUGUUAUGGAGAAGGGUGCCAGUUCUCAUGGACACGGCGAAUGAAAAUUAUCAUAGGCAUUGCACGCGGGCUCAAGUAUCUGCACAAUGAAGUUGAACCCCCAUUCACUAUCUCAGAGUUGAACUCCAACUCUAUAUACCUUACAGAAGACUUUUCCCCUAAGCUGGUUGAUUUUGAAAGUUGGAAGUCAAUUCUUGAAAGAUCAGAAAAAAAUUCUGGUUCUAUUAGCAGCCAAGGUGCUGGAAACUCACUUGAAGCACGCCAUCUUGAUACCAAAGGAAACGUUUAUGCUUUUGCAGUACUUCUACUAGAGAUAAUCAGUGGGAGACCUCCUUACUGCAAGGACAAAGGGUACUUGGUGGACUGGGCUAGAGAGUAUCUUGAAGUGCCAGAUGUAAUGUCAAAUGUGGUGGAUCCUGAGUUGAAGCAUUUUAGAGAUGAGGAGCUGAAAGUAAUAUGUGAGGUAGUAUCUCUUUGUAUCAAUGCUGAUCCCACUGCACGUCCAUCAAUGAGAGAAUUGUGCAGCAUGCUUGAGACAAGAAUUGACACAUCUAUAAGCGUGGAUCUCAAGGCAUCAUCUUUGGCUUGGGCUGAACUAGCACUUUCAUCAUAACUAAGGAAUUGAGAUUGCUCAAAACUAACAAAACAUACUCUGAAGUCUGAAGCAAACCUAUAACCUGUGUGAUACUUACCUGACUAGUUACUUUUCUUUGGUUUUUUUCCUAUCCAAUUUUACUUCUCACAUAGUCAUACAUAGAGGUCUGAUAUUUAUAUCAAGAACCAACCAACUAUGUUGUUAGGUAGUAAUACACAUGAAUCAUUUUAUAUUAUAUUUUAUUAACAGAAUGUAAAUGAUUGCUCAAAACUUGGAAAAGGUAAUGUGUAACAUGAAUCUAUGACACGUAUUCUUGUAUAUGGUGGUUGAUGAGUACCAGUCUAUGAAUUGAUAAAUGAAAGAAAGAAGAUAGUGCCAGAGCACUUCUUUUCC